CUGUUCUCCCAUGUGGAUGACCCCUUCCUGGAUGACCCAUUGCCCAGAGAGUAUGUCCUGUACCUGCGCCCCAGCGGACCCCUGCAGAAUCAGCUCCAUCACUUCUGGCAGCAGUCCCGUGUCACCUGUGGCAAGAACAAGGCCCACAACAUCUUCCCCCACAUCACGCUCUGCCAGUUCUUCAUGGUGAGCCCAGGGGGAAAUUACACGCCUCAAGCUCAUACAUCAACACAUGAAUGCUCCUCCCUCUAAUUCAGCUCACCAUUAAGUAUUAUAAUUAUGUUACUUAACAUUGACGUAUGACACAUUGUUUUAACAUUUUAAUUGAACCUACACUCUUAGAAAAAAAGGUGCUAUCUAGAACCUAAAGGUGUUCUUUGGUUGUCCCGAUAGGAGAACCCUUUGAAAAACCCUUUUUGGUUCCAGGUAGAACCCUUUUGAGUUCCAUGUAGAACCCUUUACACAGAGGGUUCUACAUGGAACCCAAAAUAGUUCUACCUGUAACCAAAAAGGGUUCUCCUAUGGGGACUGCCGAAGAACCCUUUUGGAACCCUUUUUUCUUAGUGUGUAUUUAUCCAGGAAGUCCCAUUGAGGUCAAGAGACUGUAACAUCUGUCUAGUAAGGGCCAGUUUCCCAGACACAGAUUAAGCCUAGUCCUGGACUAAAAUGUGCUUUUAAUGGCGAUUCACCAUUCAGCAGACUUCUAAGUCCCUUACUAGGACUAAUCUGUGUAAGUCUCAGUGUUUGUGUGGUACUCAGACUCUACCCUGUCCCCCAGUGUGCAGACAACAAGGUGGACGCCCUGUUGGAGGCCCUGCAGGCCACAGUGGGCCAAUGGAGGGGUCGUUUCCCUAGCCCCCUACCCCUGGAGCUCUACACCUCUUUUAACUUCAUAGGCCUCUUCGUUGAGGAGCAGAUCGCAGAGGUCCUCAAGCAGUUUGCUGCUGACUUUGCUUCCGAGGCUGCCAGGAAAGCAGGUAGGGACUCUCUCUGCCUGUGACACAUGGACACACACCCACGCAGGCAAGCACACCAGUCGCACGCACACACACAAGCAUGCACACAUUGUAUUUUUUAAAUUGCCUUUCUAUCUCUCCACACGAUUUGGUCAGAAAAUGACAUAUUUUAGGCUGGUAAGGGAUUACUGUAAUCAGUGCCGGCGUUAUUGGUGGGCCCUAGGGGGCCUGGCCCACCCUACCGUACCUCUUAGCCCGUCCCCCAAAAAUAUUGAAAUAUUGAUCAUUUAUUUGACUGAGAUGCGCAAAGACAGAAAGAUGCAUCAAUCUUAGAUGAAGCAUCAGAGUGAGUGAAACAGCGCCCCUCUGUCUCCGUAUAUGUAGACCAUGUAUCUGAUGCUGUCUGGACAAAAGGAGUACGGCAUGUCAUAAUCUUUCUGGCCAGACAGCAUUAUAUACAUGGGCUACAUAUAGUAAGACAGAGGGGCGCUGUUUCGCUCGCUAGUUUCAGCAGAGGAAGCGGCGAAAAUCUGUCCUGAAUAAACCCAUGGCGUUUCUAUGGGUAUAAUAUGUAGACCUAAACUUGUCGCCUGUUUUCCCGCCUUUGGGACAACGACUCGCAUUGUUAGGGCGGAAACAUUGGCAUCUCGUCAUUAUAUAUCUCUGGUUUCAGCCACUUGCAAAUUAGAAGGAAAAUUGGCGGGUGCACGGUGCACUGUUCGGAUGCUGGCUUCCCCUAAAGUAAAUUGUGUGGCGAAGAUAUGGGCGUCUCCAGAAUGCAUGCACUCAGCUCUCCAGAAUGUUCUCAGCUGCCUCCCGCCAAUUAUUUCACAGUCAUUGUUUCAUUGUGUGAAUUGUUUGCCCUUUGAUUGUUUAUUUUUGAUCAAUUCAACAUUACAUAUAUAACCAGUAGGCCUAGUAAAUGUAGCGUUAAUCCCCGUCAUUUGGUUACAUACAUUUCUGUUAAUGCAUGUAUUACAGUAAUUUACCGUUUUCAUUCCCGGGGUGGAAACGUUAUUUGCAUAGUUCACAACCUGCUACACUUGUGAGAAACAAGUUUUGGUUUAUUUCAUAACCAUCAUUUAGGAGUUUUGUCCAUUUUUUCAUUGUCUUUUGUUCGGAGUGCUCCAUGUGAGCAAUGAGCCUGUGUGUGGUUUCUCUGUCCUGAUAUCGUUGAGGGGGAGCGCGCGACUGAGCACGCCAAUCUGCUGAGUUGAUACAAUGUUGCACUUCACUAGUGAUAGCUCAAGUCAAGACAGAUAGAAAGGGAGGCAGACAGGUGGAGUAGAGAUAUGAAUGUGAUUGAAAGAACCUGAAUUUUCAUCAGGAUAUUUUCUACUGUUUAUAUUUGUGUCGGCUUUAGGCCUAUGUAUUUUACUAAGUUGAUGAUGGAAGGUAUAGGCCUACUGCUGCAUUGGCCUAUAGUUCCAUGACACGCAGAUAGGUAGAAAUGGUAGGAUAAAUUGUAAGCUUCCUCAAACUUGAAACUCAUGAGCUGCCUACACUCUUAGAAAAAAGGGUUCCAAAGGGUAGAACCCUUUUGGGUUCCAUGUAGAACCCUCUGUGGAAAGGGUAGAUAGCACCUUUUUUCUAAGAGUGUAUGGUCUUUAUCAUAACACCCAUUAACAACAUUUGUGCCUGCGCAAGCACACAGGAGGUGCCCUUGAAAAUAAACGGCCCGCCUAUAGAAAUCAAAUGCCCAUCCAACUGAUUAGUUCUGGCGCAGGCCCUGACUGUAAUACUAUAUCCUAAAGAGAUUAUCCUCACCGUAAGGCACCGGCAGUUUGGAGCUUCAUUUCAAAUUGUGCAUGGUGGAUUAUAACACGUCAAAAAAGAUUGUUUGGAAAAUAUUGGGCCAUUUUGCUCCACUGUAGAUAUUUGUAGUUCUAUGAUUUGCUGUGCUAGAUUCCCUCCGUAGUAGUUUGCCCCACAGAAAUGACUUUCUUCAUAUUCUUUACCUUUAUUCAAUCGUUCCUCCUCUCUCUGUCUCAGAUGUCCAUUUAGAGCCCCAUAAGAAGCAGCUCCAUGUGACGUUAGCCUACCACUUCCCCACCAAUCACCUGACCUCCCUGGAAAAACUGGCCAAGGGAAUCGAGGUGAAGCUAGGCUGUGAUUGGCUGGCUGUCCUUUUCUCCCGAGACAUUCGGUUUGCCAAUCAUGAGGUAAUAAUAACCACUUUGUUAUCUGACGCAAACCCUGUACACCUUCAUUUCACAUCCAAUACUACUAUUGUACUUUCUACUAAUCAACACCAUGACAUGGACCUUGUACCUUCUACAAGACAAGCUCAUGAGACAUUUAUAAUAAGUGAUAUUCUUCAACAAUCAGUGGGAAUAUACAGUAUAAUUAAUUUAGAAACGGCUGUAAAUAUCACAGAGUGACCCUUUACGAGCUUGCCCAUUUAGACCUACAAUAAGGGAAAAAAGUAUUUGAUCCCCUGCUGAUUUUGUACGUUUGCCCACUGACAAAAAAAUUAUCAGUCUAUAAUUUUAAUGGUAGGUUUAUUUGAACAGUGAGAGACAGAAUAACAACAAAAAAAUCCAGAAAAACGCAUGUCAAAAAUGUUAUAAAUUGAUUUGCAUUUUAAUGAGGGAAAUAAGUAUUUGACCCCCUCUCAAUCAGAAAGAUUUCUGGCUCCCAGGUGUCUUUUAUACAGGUAACGAGCUGAGAUUAGGAGCGCUCCUAAUCUCAGUUUGUUACCUGUAUAAAAGACACCUGUCCACAGAAGCAAUCAAUCAAUCAGAUUCCAAACUCUCCACCAUGGCCAAGACCAAAGAGCUAUCCAAGGAUUUCAGGGACAAGAUUGUAGACCUACACAAGGCUGGAAUGGGCUACAAGACCAUCGCCAAGCAGCUUGGUGAGAAGGUGACAACAGUUGGUGCGAUUAUUCGCAAAUGGAAGAAACACAAAAUAACUGUCAAUCUCUCUCGGCCUGGGGCUCCAUGCAAGAUCUCACCUCGUGGAGCUGCAAUGAUCAUGAGAACGGUGAGGAAUCAGCCCAGAACUACACGGGAGGAUAUUGUCAAUGAUCUCAAGGCAGCUGGGACCAUAGUCACCAAGAAAACAAUUGGUAACUCACUAUGCCGUGAAGGACUGAAAUCCUGCAGCGCCCGCAAGGUCCCCCUGCUCAAGAAAGCAGAUAUACAGGGCCGUCUGAAGUUUGCCAAUGAACAUCUGAAUGAUUCAGAGGAGAACUGGGUGAAAGUGUAUUUGGCAUCAACUCAACUCGCCGUGUUUGGUGGAGGAGGAAUGCUGCCUAUGACCCCAAGAACACCAUCCCCACCGUCAAACAUGGAGGUGGAAACCUUAUGCUUUGGGGGUGUUUUUCUACUAAGGGGACAGGACAACUUCACCACAUCAAAGGGACGAUGGACGGGGCCAUGUACCGUCAAAUCUUGGGUGAGAACCUCCUUCCCUCAGCCAGGCAUUGAAAAUGGGUAGUGGAUGGGUAUUCCAGCAUGACAAUGACCCAAAACACACGGCCAAGGCAACAAAGGAGUGGCUCAAGAAGGAGCACAUUAAGGUCCUGGAGUGGCCUAGCCAGUGUCCAGACCUUAAUCCCAUAGAAAAUCUGUGGAGGGAGCUGAAGGUUUGAGUUGCCAAACGUCAGCCUCGAAACCUUAAUGACUUGGAGAAGAUCUGCAAAGAGGAGUGGGACAAAAUCCCUCCUGAGAUGUGUGCAAAUCUGGUGGCCAAAUACAAGAAACGUCUGACCUCUGUGAUUGCCAACAAGGGUUUUGCCACCAAGUACUAAGUAAUGUUUUGCAGAGGGGUCAAAUACUUAUUUCCCUCAUUAAAAUGCAAAUCAAUGUAUAUAAAAUUUUUGACAUGCGUUUUUCUGGAUUUUGUUGUUGUUAUUCUGUCUCUCACUGUUCAAAUAAACCUACCAUUCAAAUUAUGGGUGGUCCUCUGUAGCUCAAUUGGUAGAGCAUGGCGCUUGUAACGCCAGGGUAGUGGGUUCGAUCCCCGGGACCACCCAUACGUAACAAUGUAUGCACACAUGACUGUAAGUUGCUUUGGAUAAAAGCGUCUGCUAAAUGGCAUAUUAUUAUAGACUGAUCAUGUCUUUGUCAGUGGGCAAAUGUACAAAUACUUUUUUCCCUCACUGUAUAGCCUUUCAUUGUACUGUAUUCUGGUGCUAGAUAAGGCGUGGGUUUACUCAAGCUGUGUUCUUCCCUCCCUCUGUUGCAGACGCUGCGCGUUAUGUAUCCAUACGCCCCUCAGAAUGAGGACGAGCUGGAGCUGGUCCCGGGCGACUUUGUCUUCAUGUCUCCCUUGGAGCAGAACAACACGAGCGAGGGCUGGGUUUACGGGUCCUCCCUGGCCACGGGGCUGUCCGGCCUAUUGCCUGAGAACUACGUCAGCCGGGCAGACGAGUGUGACACCUGGGUCUUCCACAGGUGAGCUCUCAGAAUGUGCUGUGCCAGUUUGAGAAUGUAUUACUUUCACCAGCUUCUUACUUACAGCCCUGGGUCCUGAACAUGGGGGCUGGGGUCAAUUCCAUUUCAAUUCAGUCAAUCCAGAAGGAACUGUUUGCAUCUUGAAUUGACUUAAUUGAAAUGGAAUUGACCCGCACCCAGGGCUAGAACACUGUAGAAGAGCGUGGAGAGUUCUGCUCAGUAGUCAGUAGUGAUGAAUGAGUAGGAGUGAGUAUGUGUGUUAACUCUUGUCCUCUACCCUGUGCAGAUCACACUCCUUCUUCAGUUGCUCUGCCCCCUCAGACAAAGGGAGAAGGGAAAGGGGCCUAUUUGAUGGGCUGCUGGAUAGCCGUCGUCUCGACAACACAAGUCCUGGGGACACACCCACCUUGAGCCUCAUCUGUCAUCCCAUGCAGGUACUGGUACUUUUUCCAAAGGACAGAAGGAAGUCUCUUUAACUGAACCAUACAUUUGUGAUUUUUAGGGCCAGGAGCUUUUCCUGAUCAGGAUAACUAGUGCCUAGCGUUUAAUCCUGAUCAGGAUAACUAGUGCCUAGCGUUUAAUCCUGAUCAGGAUAACUAGUGCCUAGCGUUUAAUCCUGAUUAUGAAAAAUAGUUAUUCUUCUUCUUGAAGAAUGACUUCAAUUCAAUGUUAUUAUAGUAAACGAAAACGAAUCAUGAAAAAAUAAUUUAGUAAACUUAAAUAAAAUUAUUAAUAAACAGGUUUGAAAAACUAAAACAAUACUGAAACUAUUAUCUUUGACACCAAAACGAACUAAAAUAAACUAAAAACCAUCAUGAAUUAUGUUCAGUAUUAGUUUGUAAAAUAUUUUCUAUUGGGUUCAGGUCUGGAGACUGGCUAGGCCACUCCAGGACCUUGAGAUGCUUCUUACGGAGCCACUCCUUAGUUGACCUGGCUGUGUGUUUCGGGUCGUUGUCAUGCUGGAAGACCCAGCCAUGACCCAUCUUCAAUGCUCUUACUGAGGGAAGGAGGUUAAUGGCCAAGAUCUCGCGAUACAUGGCCCCAUCCAUCCUCCCCUCAAUACGGUGCAGUCGUCCUGUCCCCUUUGCAGAAAAGCAUCCCCAAAGGAUGAUGUUUCCACCUCCAUGCUUCACGGUUGAGAUGGUGUUCUUAGGGUUGUAUUCAUCUUUCUUCUUCCUCCAAACACGGCGAGUGGAGUUUAGACCAAAAAGCUAUAUUUUUGUCUCAUCAGACCACAUGACCUUCUCCCAUUCCUCCUCUGGAUCAUCCAGAUGGUCAUUGGCAAACUUCAGACGGGCCUGGACAUGCGCUGACUUGAGCAGGGGGACCUUGCGUGCGCUGCAGGAUUUUAGUCCAUGACGGCGUAGUGUGUUACUAAUGGUUUUCUUUGAGACUGUGGUCCCAGCUCUCUUCAGGUCAUUGACCAGGUCCUGCCGUAUAGUUCUGGGCUGAUCCCUCACCUUCCUCAUGAUCAUUGAUGCCCCACGAGGUGAGAUCUUGCAUGGAGCCCCAGACCGAGGGUGAUUGACCGUCAUCUUGAACUUCUUCCAUUUUCUAAUAAUUGCGCCAACAGUUAUUGCCUUCGCACCAAGCUGCUUGCCUAUUGUCCUGUAGCCCAUCCCAGCCUUGUGCAGGUCUACAAUUUUAUCCCUGAUGUCCUUACACAGCUCUCUGGUCUUGGCCAUUGUGGAGAGGUUGGAGUCUGUUUGAUUGAGUGUGUGGACAGGUGUCUUUUAUACAGGUAACGAGUUCAAACAGGUGCAGUUAAUACAGGUAAUGAGUGGAGAACAGGAGGGCUUCUUAAAGAAAAACUAACAGGUCUGUGAGAGCCGGAAUUCUUACUGGUUGGUAGGUGAUCAAAUACUUAUGUCAUGCAAUAAAAUGCAAAUUAAUUACUUAAAAAUCAUACAAUGUGAUUUUCUGGAUUUUUGUUUUAGAUUCCGUCUCUCACAGUUGAAGUGUACCUAUGAUAAAAAAUUACAGACCUCUACAUGCUUUGUAAGUAGGAAAACCUGCAAAAUCAGCAGUGUAUCAAAUACUUGUUCUCCCCACUGUAGAUGAGAGUUUCCCUCCACCACAUUUUUUGCACCAGUUUUUGCGCUAUUCCUUUUAAAUACAAGUCACAUUGAGAUUGACUUUAUAAUUUAAACCUAACCUAACCUGACCCAUCACCUUAUGUAUUACUGCCCCCCAGUUGCAAGAAAUGACAUCCCCAAAACACUAUACAACACCAAUGGCUCUUAGCCUCCCAUGCAUGCUUUAUGUCCCUAACACUAAAACUGAAACUAAAUAAUAUAAAAACAAAAUAUAAAUAUUUGUAUACAACUACAGUAUAACGAAAUAAAAACGAACAGAUCAUUAAAACUAAUAGAAAUAAAAACAAAAAACUAUAAUAACCUUGCUUCAAUAGCAAAGCUGUUUUUCUGGUGUACUGAUCAAUUCUCGAAAAUGUUGGGAAAUGUUAUGGAUUUGAUGCCCCAAUUCACUGCAUUGUUCCUUAGGUGCUUCGGGUCAGCAGCAAUCACUCUCGGCUGCCCAAGCGGACCCUGUUUGUCUGUCGGCACGGUGAACGAAUGGAUGUGGUGUUUGGGAAACACUGGCUUUCUCUGUGCUCUGAUUCCAAAGGUGAGCAGAGUCAGACCAAUGGUACUGGAGGUGCAAUCCUAAAAGCAAGUGUGCUUUCAAAGAAGUCAUAAGUUUUGAGUUGGAUGAAUCUGAUGUUUUGAUUGGAUAGAUAAAAGAGCAGUAUUGUUUGUAGGUUUUGAAACCAUAACAGCAGUGUGCUGGGGUGUGGUGUGCUAUUCUUCAGGUAGAUAUGUGCGCACUAACCUGAACAUGCCAGUCAGCCUGCCCAUGUGGAGUGGAGGACACCGAGAUUACGACAUGGACACCCCCAUCACUGUGUUUGGUUCCUCACAAGCACGAAUAGUGGGUAUGUGGUUGUCAACACCUAGUAGGAGGCUAUGUUAUCUGACCAAUUCCAUAUCUCAUGUUUCAUUACAGCGUGAUAACAAUCUAUUCCCCUGUCUGUCUGUCUGUCUGUGUUUUAGGUGAGGCGUUGAUGGAGAGCAACACAGUGAUCGACUUUGUGUACUGUUCGCCUUCUCUGCGCUGUGUCCAGACUGCUCAGAACAUCCUCAAAGGUAACCAGCAUGUAGCUACUUGCCACCACAAAUCCUACUUAGGAUAAAGAACCAUAUCCAUAAUCCUCUCUAACACCUGAUGAAGACUUUAAAGGGCAACAUGCAGUUGCAACAUCCAUUUUGGGGCUUAUAAAUGAAUUAUAUGUGAACAAUCUAAUUUAUAAAUGCUUAAUGAGCUUAGCAACUGUCGUAACCCCAUCAGAACCAAAAUAUAGUUUUUUUACUCCAAUGUUUGUAAACAAAGUAAAUGUAAACAUACACUGUAUAGCCUACAAACAUGGUUAAAACUAUCAUUUGAUAUCAUGGAUGGUCAGUUCUUGCAUCCAUAGCUCUGUCUAUGAAUUUGAAAAUGGUUACAUUUCUCCAGCCCCAUCCCGAAACAGUGGCAGAGAGGACGCUUUGUUAUUGUUUCAACUGUGGAUUUCCCCUUUAGUGGUUGAAAUGUUGUCAAUAACCAUAGUUGAGAGCAUAUAAUGUGUUCUGGUACUGUCCAGGGAGGCCAAAUGCUUGCUGGCUUCCGUUGCAUUCAAUGCUACGGGCGGCAACAAUAUCAUACUCUUUUUGACCUGACAGCAUCAGAUAGAUGGCCUACACAUACAGAGACAGAAGGGCGCUGUUUCACUCGCUCUGUGCUUUCUCUGGUGAGAUACAUUCAGCCUCUUGCGAAUUGAAGGAAAAUUAUGAAACACAGAGAGAUUAAAGAUUUUUCUUUAUUUCUUAGUAAAUGUUUAUAUACAGUACCAGUCAAAAGUUUGGACACACCUACUCAUUCAAGGGUUUUUCUUUAUUGUUACAUCAAAACUAUGAAAUAACACAUGGAAUUAUGUAGUAACCAAAUAAAGUGUUAAACAAAUCAAAAUAUAUUUUAUAUUCUUCAAAUAGCCACCCUUUGCCUUGAUGACAGCUUUGCGCACUCUUGGCAUUCUCUCAACCAGCUUCACCUGGAAUGCUUUUACAACAGUCUUGAAGGAGUUCCCACAUAUGUUGAGCACUUGUUGGCAGAUUUUUUUCCUUCACUCUGCGGUCCGACUCAUCCCAAACAAUCUCAAUUGGGUUGAGGUUGGGGGAUUGUGGAGGCCAGGUCAUCUGAUGCAGCACUCCAUCACUCUCCUUCUUGGUCAAAUAGCCCUUACACAGCCUGGAGGUGUGUUGGGUCAUUGUUCUGUUGAAAAACAAAUAAUAGUCCCACUAAGCCCAAACCAGAUGGGAUGGCGUAUCGCUGCAGAGUGCUAUGGUAGCCAUGCUGGUUAAGUGUGCCUUGAAUUCUAAAUAAAUCACAGACAGUGUCACCAGCAAAGCACCCCCACACCAUAACACCUCGUCCUCCAUGCUUUACGGUGGGAACUAUGCAUGCGGAGAUCAUACGUUCACCCACACCGCGUCUCACAAAGACACGGCGGCUGGAACCAAAAAUCUCAAAUUUGGACUCCAGACCAAAGGACACAUUUCCACCAGUCUAAUGUCCAUUGCUCGUGUUUCUUGGCCCAAGCAGGUCUCUUCUUAUUAUUGGUGUCCUUUAGUAGUGGUUUCUUUGCAGCAAUUCGACCAUGAAGGCCUGAUUCACACUGUCCCCUCUGAACAGUUGAUGUUGAGAUGUGUCUGUGACUUGAACUCUGUGAAGCAUUUAUUUGGGCUGCAAUUUCUGAGGCUGGUAACUCUAAUGAACUUAUCCUCUGCAGCAGAGGUAACUCUGGGUCUUCCAUUCCUGUGGUGUUCCUCAUGAGAGCCAGUUUCAUCAUAGCGCUUGAUGGUUUUUGCGACUGCACUUGAAGAAACUUUCAAAGUUCUUGAAAUGUUCCGUAUUGACUGACCUUCAUUUCUUAAAGUAAUGAUGGACUGUCGUUUCUCUUUGCUUAUUUGAGCUGUUCUUGCCAUAAUAUGGACUUGGUCUUUUACCAAAUAGGGCUAUCUUCUGUAUACCCCCCCCUACCUUGUCACAACACAACUGAUUGGCUCAAAUGCAUUAAGAAGGAAAGAAAUUCCACAAAUUAACUUUUAUGAAAGCACACAUGUUCAUUGAAAUGCAUUCCAGGUGACUACCUCAUGAAGCUGGUUAACAGAAUGCCAAGAGUGUGCAAAGCUGUCAUCAAGGCAAAGGGUGGCUAUUUGAAGAAUCUCAAAUAUAAAAUAUAUUUUGAUUUCUUUAACACUUUUUUGGGUUCCAUAUGUGUUAUUUCAUAGUUUUGAUGUCUUCACUAUUAUUCUACAAUGUAGAAAAUAGUAAAAAAAAUUAAGAAAAACCCUUGAAUGAGUAGGUGUCCAAACCUUUGCCUGGUACUGUAUAUAUAUUUUUGGGGGCAUCCAUGAAUACACGCCACUGCUGUCUCCAUAUUGCUUAUCUCAAUCCGAUCGUUUCAAUCCAAUCCUUUCAGAUCUACAUAAGUGCCUAUGGGAUUAGGGGACUAGGGGACUAGGGGUUGUUUUUGGACAGGGCUGGUGUGCAUAGCAGAGGCUGCAGUCUUCCUCUUUUGUUGAGGUGCCUCUCUGUCUCACCUUGCAGGUCUGCAGCAGGAUGGCAAGCUGAAGAUCAGAGUGGAGCCAGGCCUUUUCGAGUGGACCAAGUGGGUCUCUGGGAGCUCCCUUCCUGCCUGGAUCCCUCCCACAGACUUGGCAGCAUCCCACUUCACUGUUGACACAACAUACAGGUGAUACAGGCAAGACUGUUUCCUGGUUCACCUCCAUACUGAACUCUUACUGGCCAUUUACACUAUACAAGCGGCACUUGCCUAGCCACACCCUCAUGUGGGUGCUAACAAGCUAGCAAGCAAGCUAGGUAGUGCUACGUAUCAACAGCCAUUGUCAGCCAAUCCAGGAAGCUAUGGUGAGAUUCGAUUGGUCACUCGCGUCGCAAUAUCACGGAGGAGUUGAAUAAACAUUUUUUCACCCAACUUUAGUCCUGCCCUUUUCAGCUCCCACACCCAUGCUCGUAUCUCUCAACGGUCCCCCGCCCACUCCGCUUCUCUCACUUUCGUUCCAUUGAAAGUGAAUGGCUUCCGAUGUUUCACCGCUUGAUGCCGCUUCCAAGUGUAAACACAGAGUUAGCCCCAUCCCUUUAGCCUUGGGCCUAGGCACAAAAACAAAUAAUAUGGUCAACAUUCCAUUAAGCCUAUAAUUCCUUCUGACCGACGUACAGUACAUGAAGUGGUAAAGGUAGGGGCUAAGGGUUGUUGCUGGAUUGGGCCGGAGCCUUUUCAGCCAUGCCUCUGUCUCACAUGUUCUCACUGUUUAUUCCCACAGACCUCUCAUCCCGAUAAGCAAACUUAGCGUGUCGGAGUCCUAUGACACGUACAUGAGCCGGAGCUACCAAGUGACCAAAGACAUUCUGUCUGACUGCCAAAACAUGGGUAAUUAUGAUGCAGGGUUCAAUCACUGCUGUGGCUUUGGAUGGGAUGUGUAUUAAAAAAACAGUCCUGGGUUCAGUAAGUACUUAUCUUUCAAAUCCUUUAACUGUGCUUGAUUGAGCUUGCCUGGCGCAAUGGAAUCAACGGAGUUGUCCCAAAAGUACACACGCUGCUCAUUUCCCACUCCACUCUAGACAGGCUCAAUCAAAGCUCAGGGUAUUUGAAAGAAAACCAAUACUUUUUGAACCCAGAUGUGAUACAGAAACAUCUUGUGUGGGAUGGACAAUGGGAUUAAUCUGGUCCAUGUUGUUCUACCCUUCCCUCAUCUCCUCAUCUCCCACUCUGUAGGAAACAACAUACUGAUUGUGGCCCACGCUUCCUCCCUGGAGGCCUGCACACGACAGCUCCAGGGCCGCAGCCCCCAGACUUCCAAGGACUUCAUCCAAGUAGUCAGGAAGGUCAGCUGGAGUUUAUUUUACUCGCUCAGUUUGAUAUUUUCUUUUGAUCUCAUUGUGUCUUCCCCCUCACUCUUACUUUCACUCUAUGUGUGUUUCUGUCUGUCUCUCUCUCUUUCUCCCCCGCUGCCUUUCCACCCCACUCCUUAACUUUCAUACUGCCUUUGUUGCGGCUGACGAUAGCCUCUUUCCCUCCUGUAGAUCCCCUACCUGGGUUUCUGUUCCUGCGAGGAGCAGGGCGACACAGGGGUCUGGCAGCUGGUGGACCCGCCCAUCCUGCCCCUCACACACGGACCCAACCACAGCUUCAACUGGAGGGAGACCCUCCUCCAGGAAUGACAUCCGCUUCCCUGGAGAGCAGACUUGCUCAUUCCCAUCCCGAGGCUUUAGUUUCUGGUCAAACAGCACUGAGAGACUCUGCCAGAGUCAAUGGGUGGUUGGAUGUACUGUACUGUACACAUUGUAAUUUGACAGUAUUGUUGACAUUUCUAAUUUGACAGUAUUGUUGUUAGUGAGAGCAGAGAGAGAAUAGAGUGAAGUUGGAGAGGGCAGGGCUAAGUCUCAGGGCCUGGUUGAUUGUGGAGGCUAGCACUCAGCUGGCUUCAGCAAGCACAUGGACCAUUACAUAUUACACCACUGCGAGUCAACUGCGUGCCAGAAGGGAGUCACAAGGUUGAGAACAUUGACCUAAAAAAUCUAACAGAAUAGUUUGUGUUUGGAAAAGCAACUGCAUUCCUUGUCCCGCUUGCAGAUUAACUGUUGACGAGGGCAAACGUUAUCCUCAAAAGCCCUUGACUGUAGCCGCAAGUCAUCUCUCAGAUGUUUCCCAGUGUGGAAUCUGUGUUUCUGUGUGUAUAAAGUUGAACUCAUUGGGGGGAAAAAAACAUACUCAACUUAAUCCAUGCUCUCUUGAAUACUGUAAGUACAACGACUUAUUCAUCCACUUAAAACUGAUUGCAAUGUGGUCAGUAUGAUGUAUUUUAUGACUUUAUGGUCAUGUUGUAUGCUGGUUGUAUAAAAACGUUUUGUUAACGUAAGUAACCAGAAAAAUACGUAUUUGCCUGGUUGUAAUAGGUUAUGUGACAAGAUAACAACCAACAUAUGAUGUAUUUACUAUGACAUCUUGAUCUCGUCAUAAAAAAUACAUCUUUAUGUGGUUGUAACCAAGACUAGUUGGAAAUCUGGUUUUAUGACUUCUUCACAACCAGAAAACCAGUUUACAACCAGAAAAUGACAUCAUUAAGACAGCAUGUGCCAAAUGUUUUCCACUGGGUGGCUUGUCACCCGGUUUGUUUGAAACAGUCUCGAUGGCACAAAAUGCACUAUUGACAAUCACAGGUGAGUCUUGGUGAGGAUGGUCUAAUAACCAGUAGUUAGGAACGUAUGUGUUUAUUUUACAUAAUGUAAGGUCUUAUGGCAGAAUAGUUGUCGACCACUGCACUAGAAAAUAUAUUUCAGUCUUCCAGUUGUGACCAUUUAUAUUUUAUUCAGAUACUUAACAAUUGAAGAGCUUUUCUUUCAAAUAUCAUAUAAAAAAAGACCUGUCCCAUGGUAGGAAAAUACAUGUUUUUCUCAGGUGCAGAUUUCAUUGUGACUUUAUACAGUAUGUGCAUUUCAUUUGGUCAUGAAAAUUGUUGUGAUUGCCUCUUAAGAUUGAACCUGAUUUCUCUUGAUGUCUCAGUGGUGAAAUCAGAGAGAUGUUAUCUGUUUAAUGAGUCAACUUGAAUGCUUUUGUUUAGCCUCAUCUAAAUCUAUCUGAUCUAAUCUUUCUGCAAAUCAUUAUUAUUGAGGAGGCUCUAAAACAAUGCUCUGGUGCUGUUCUUCCAUUGAUACAUGCAAGUACAAUACUUACAAGUGCAAUACUUGCAAGUACAAUUACAAAUGUGUGAUGAAGGUGUCAGUGAGGAGCAAAGCAGGCCUACAUCAGAGGUUAGCCACAUGCACUGUUGAGGAAACCCUGGAAACCUGACAACCGAGGAGGAAGCCGUCUGUGUCAAAUUGUGUUAAUUUAUUUUCUCAAAUAUUAUAUUUCCAAAUGUAUAUAAACGUUAAUUUAAGUAAUUUAAGUUUUUCAUCAAAAUGCUAUUCUUUAGGAGGACUAGUGGGCUAAGAUGUGCAAAAGAUUGAAAUGAAAACAAACUGAUUGAAGGUGGAGAUGAUACAGUAUUCAUAGUGACUUGCCACUUCCCUGUAUAUUCAGAUAUGAGCAUCUCUGAGGUGGGUUCUUUAUUUUGUUUAAAAAAUUGUCCCCAAAAAAUGCCCCCUAUAUGAUACUGACAGUAUCACUGUUUCAGAUAUGUAUAAGUUACAUAUCAAAUAAAAAAAUCAGG